AUGGCGGCAACAUUGGUCGACGAAAUGUCUGAAUUGACCAUCAAGGAACCACAGGCUUUGGAAACUCAGGCAGUGCAGUUCAAAUUGCCGGGUCUCCAGGCGUUUGAAUUGGAAUUGGGCCUUGCAACUGCCGUGCGUGAUGUGAAGAAGAUGGCCAAGGAAUACUGCAACAUCGAGCCUGAGCACAUGCGCCUCAUCUACAACGGCCGUCAGCUGAAGGAUUGGGACACUCUGGAGUGCUACGACGCCAAGGCAGACAGCGCUGUGCAGAUCCUCUUCACCGCAGGGCACGUCGCCAUGCUGGGAGGUGUGGGAGGCACUGGCGGCGGCCCACGUGGUGGUCAUGGCGCUCAGCCACAGCGAAAUCCCUUCAGCGCCCCUGUGCGUGGCCUUCCAGGGUCCAAGGGCCUGCGCAGCUCCCGCGUCUCUGGCCGUCCCGGCGGCAUGGCCCUGAUCCGAAAGUAUGGCAUCAUGAUGAAGCGUCAGGAGUUCCGUGAGAAGGCUGAGGAGAUUGGCUUCGUGAAGUACCGCUGAAGCGCUGAAGAUUGAGAGGAAAGCUGCACCUGACGAAAAUCAAAGCGCCCGUGCGCUUAUCAACAUCACACGACAUCAACCGAGAUUAGCCGAGAUCAACCGACAUCAACAUCACCCACAUUUCCGUAACCAUCCGCAACGGCCGUAACCUUGGAUUGUAGAGAUUGGAGUCCUGGCCUUGGAGUCUCGCUCUGUUUUCUCCCCCCAGGCUCUCGAACACUCGAACACUCUUUGCUUUGUAGGAUCCCAU